GAUUGACCUCGGAGCGACUCAGCGGCUUCUGGGCCAAAGAAUCGUUUUGUGUCGGACGGAAAACCUCAAGCCUCUGUUACAAGCCAUCGCAAGACUCGCCAAACUGGGCUCCACGGUCGAUCUGGGAGAUUCUAUUAUUUCCGGUCUCUGCUUCACGCCGUCUCGUGACGAUCCACAAAGUUUUUCGCGAUUAUUUCUCUGGUGGCUCACCUUUACCAACGGAAGAUUCGUCUUUGGUACAAGCUCUCCAACUUCUCAUGGUCUCGUCCCGUCCUUCAGGUUCAGAGCGUGUACACCCCGCCAAUUACAUGUUUUCGGCGAUCAUGAGUCAUAUCACCCCGUGGAACUUCUCCCAUGCGAAGGUGGAGCUUCAGCUUACCCUGAAACCCAAUGCGGAAGCUGAGUUUGAGGCUUUCAAAGGAGGGUUGAAGCGAUUAACCCAACUCCUAAACGAUUUCGUAUCACCCUCAUCUGUUUCUAUUAACAGUCAAGCAGGGGAGGUCCUGCGACCGCCUCCCAAUGUGCUCAGGCCACUACACUACAACUCUGGCUCCGUGCCAACACUCGACCCAUCUGUGCUUGACACAUUCAGUGAUGUACUGCACAGAUGUUUUGAGAAAGCGCUAAAGUUGAUUCGACCGCAAAGAUCAUUACUAGUUCUGACAAAUGAUCUGUUACAGCUCGUCCUGUUGCUCGUACGGAUGCUCCAAUUCGAGAUUGUGUUCAGGAGCGUAAAAACGCCGAUCGCCAGAGAAAUAGCGGAUAAGCGCUUUGCAAUGCUCAUCAAUACCGUUCAAGCGUUCCACGAAACAAUGAGACUCACCCCUUCUUCAAUCCUUUUCCUCGCUAUCCUCGACACAGCUUCCCAACUGAAUCCCACCACGAAGGGCCCCAGACCUGGCGCUGGGGAACAAGACUUAUGUCUUGAGAUUUCGGAUUUUUCACCAUUGACCCCACCAUCUCUCCGUUCCUACAUCACUUUCAUCUCGCCAUACAGACCUACAGAUUGUUCGAAUCCUACUCGGCUCAUCUUAGGUGAUCCCGUCCAGGCUCGACCAUGGGAAUGGGAUGCUGAUGUUAAGGAUCUCAACAUGAGCGCGUUAUCACUGGAGCAUUUUGUAGUUAGGGUCACAGGGGAGAAGAUACAGGAUAGUGAUAGCAAAGAAGACGAGAACAUGCACGACCUGAUGGAACGGAGGCGAAGCGAGGAUCACUUCUACUCGGAGAGCGUCUAUGAACGGGAUUGGAAGGAGGGACGAGUCACUAGGGAUCUGCUCAAAUCGGCAUUAACUACUGACAAGCGCGAUGGUCAGAAGGAUGAGAGCGAAGAUCAAGGAGAAGACGCAGGGGGGGAAACCAAUGCCUGGACUAUUGGUUCCGAAUUCGAUCGGCCUCUCAAGCGCAAGGCUGAAGAUGAUCCCGCAGUUUCUUGUUCGUCUUCGGUCUCUAGCGUGGGUCAGCCCUUUUCUCUUAAUAGCGCAGGGUCUCAUCUUGGGAGAGUCGAGGUAGUUGUGCCGACCAGCAGACUUGCUCAGAACCAGGGCCAGGCUUCCCAGCAGCAGCAAGAUCGAUCCGGACUGAAGCGGAAGUCCAUGCUGGAAGCGCCUCCGAGCGACCCUCUCAUGCUAAAGAAGGGUCGAUUGCGGUAGAGCCAACCGUUUGGAUCCCUAGCCAAUUGCGGGCCUGACAACAGAAUUAUUCUUCGCAAUAAUCGCCUAUUUACGUUUACCAUCUAUUUCGCGUCUAAUAUUAUCCCUGAACUGUUGUGAACUAUCAACCU